AAAACUCUAAAGCUCUAUUACAUAAUAAAACAGAGUUACAGCAGCGGAGGGAAAUCCCUUCAAAUCAUCCCCAAAAGGUUACUUCUGCAAAAAAGCAAAAAGGAUAAAGCAACCGAGCAAGCAAUUCAAAUUUGCAGAACAGGCCCUGUUCCGAACAAUUUGAAUCUCCCAAACCGAGAAUGCACAGCCCUUCGGCCUUCGACGGGAGCUCGCUGGACUUCGCCGGAGGUGGCUGCAGCGGGUCCAUCGACUACUGCCGCACCAUUUCUGAAAUGUCCUGUUUUUCAGAGCAGAGCAGCUCCGGCGAGCUGUCGGCGAUGGCGUGGCCGGCGGAGAAGCUGAGGGUUCGAGCGAAGCCUGUGUUGGCCAAGGUGGGGAUGAAGCAGCAUGCCGAGUUGCUCGCCGGAGAAGAAGAAGGAGGAGGAGGAGGAGUGGCUGAGCUGAUGAAGGAGAGAUUCGCAAAGCUGCUGCUUGGAGAAGAUAUGUCUGGGAGCGGAAAGGGGGUUUGUAGUGCUGUGGCGAUCUCAAAUGCUAUUACUAAUCUCUAUGCUACUGUUUUUGGGCAAUUUGGGAGGUUGGAGCCAUUGGGAGAGGGGAAGAAGGCAAUGUGGAGGAGAGAGAUGGAAUGUCUUCUUUGUGUUUGUGAUUAUAUUGUGGAGUUCCAUCCCACCGUUCAAGGCUUGAAGGAUGGAUCCACUUUGGAGGUGAUGGCAACAAGGCCCAGAUCAGAUAUCUAUAUCAAUCUGCCUGCUUUGGAGAAAUUGGACACCAUGCUGCUUGAGAUACUGGAGAGUUUCGAGAAGACGGAGUUCUGGUACGUGGACGACGGGGAUCGAUCGCCGAGCGCGAACAUAUCGCGAUCAUUCCGGCGAGUCGUGAAGAGAAACGAGGAGAAGUGGUGGCGGCCCAUUCCCUGCCUCCCUUCAUACGGCCUCUCCGCCGCCUCCCGCAAGGAUCUCAAGCAGAAGCGAGACUGCGCCAACCAGAUCCACAAGGCCGCCAUCGCCAUCAAUAAUGGCGUCCUCGCCGAGAUGGACGUCCCUGAUUCCUUCAUCGCUUCCCUGCCCAAGAGCGGUCGAGUAGGGAUAGGAGACGCCGCCUACCGCCACCUAACCGCCGCCGACCAACUCUCCUCCGAUUACAUUCUCGACUGCCUCAACAUAUCGAACGAGCACGAGGCGCUCGAGAUGGCCGACCGCAUCGAAGCCUCCAUGCAUGUGUGGCGGCGCAAGGCGAACUCCGCCACCUCCGGAGGCGGCGCCGCAGCCGGAAAUAGGUCCUCAUGGGAAAUGAUGAAGGAUUUCAUGGUGGAUUUGGACAAGAAUGCAAUGUUGGCGAGCAGAGCUCGCAGCCUCCUGUUGAGCUUGAAACAGAGGUAUCCCAGCUUGUCUCAGACGACGCUGGAUUCUAUGAAGAUUCAGUAUAAUAAGGAUUUGGGCCAAGCGAUAUUGGAGAGUUAUUCGAGAGUACUAGAGAGCUUCGCAUUCAACCUCGUCUCUUACAUCGACGACGUGCUCUACAUUGAUGAAUCCGUUAAGAAACGGUAAAACUGC